GGAAAGACUACAUUUCCCAUGAGGCCUCAUCAGCUGCUCUCGCUGUAGAAGGGGGAAGGGGAGCCGAGAUUGGAGGGAGACGAGAGAGAGAGAGUCUGUUUGCAGAUGCUGGCGCUCAUCGGCUGCUGUCUUUGUUCCUCCGGUGGAGAAGUGAGGCGGCGAGGAAUUCCCGUCCUGCUGAAGUCUCGAGUUUGAUCGCUGGUGCCAAGUACGACUUGGCACGGCUUGGUGUUGACUUGCCAUUUAGCUUCUCCCGUGCCAAAUAUCUGCCCUCUGUGAUUGGGGCGGCAAGUGUACCAGCACGGGAAGUGCUUUCCUACCUGCCACGGUCUGAUGGGCUUGUUCAGCCACAGUGAAGAAACCCAGAACCUGCGUCCAUCGACUGUGCGUCGUUGCCUCGAGUAAGUCGAGGCAGGGCUUGGUGAAAAGAGCCAGUCCCAGAUCCCAGAACCGAGUCUCAGCUUCAACCAGUCCAGCCAUUUGAAUGACCGCGCUGGAUGAGGAUAUGAUGAAGGGAUCCGGUCGACGCACCAUGCGUGUUAAAUGGGGAAUGGUUGCUGGUGGCUCAGGCUGCAGCAUGUCCGCACAGUAGCAGGACACUGGGACACUCGUCAGGACUCGGGCCAUGGAGGGGGAUGUCGCAGUCGUAGUCUAUUCAGAGGGCUCGAAAGGUUUUCAGCAGGAAUGUCAGCAGACAGAGGAUCUGACCAACGGUCACUCCAAACUCACACCUGUGCUGAAUGGACUGCCUCCAGGUAACGGCGUCAAGGAGAACGGCAGCGCCAACGGCAGCUCUUAUCUCAGAUCCGUCCCGAUCUCGUCUCUGAAGCAGAACGGCAUCCUCCAGUCUCUGGCGGCAGGUGGAGAGCAGACUAAAGCAGAAGAGGUGAACUCGGAGCUGGAGCGCGCGCAGCAGGAGUGGGACGCCCUGGAGAGCAUCCAACCAGUUCUGGUGGAAGAUCUCACUCCGUCUGCUCUGAUCUCCUUCAACGAGGCUCUGCAGCACUUUCAGACCACAGACCUCGGCGACCUGCUGAGAAACAUUCAGCCAACGAUUCGCAGAACGGGAUUGGCUGCCAUCACUCACUUCCUGUUUGGCCCGCCGCGGCUGCAUAAAGAGCUGGUGGAGGAGAGGGACCUGGUGUUCGCCAUCGCUCAGUGUUCUCUGGAGAACAGUCAGCCGGUGCACAUGCGUGUGCUCCAGACCAUCUACAGGAAACUCACCUGCACCCGGACGGACUGCCCCCGCUACGGUCCGCACUGGGAGAACGUUGGCUUCCAGGGUGCAGAUCCUGCUACUGAUCUGAGAGGGACGGGUUUCUUGGGCCUGAUGCACGCCCUGUACCUGGUCAUGGACCCAGAGACUCUACCGCUCGCCAGAGACAUCUACAAACUCUCUCAGCAUCCAGUGCAGAAUUUCCCGUUCUGUGUGAUGUCCAUCAACAUGACCCGCAUCGCCCUGCAUGCACUCAGGGAGGAGGUUCUGUCAAAGGAGUGUAACCGCCGGCAGCAGGUGGUGGGGGUACUGAAUGAUUUUUACGUAGCAACGUUCCUGCAUCUCUACCAGCUGUGGAAGAGCGAGAAGAAGACCAUCUCGGACUCCGGCUACGUGCUCAAAGAAGUGGAGCUGUACGCCAAAAAGAACCCCAAGCAGAUCCUGAGACGCCUCGAGUCGUUCCUACAGGAACGGCGUGCCGGGAUCGUCCAUCGGACGUCGCCUGACGCGCUGUCGCAUAGCAACCCGUCUCCGGGCGACAGGGAGUCCCGAGUGAGCAGCCAGGGGGGGAAGGAGGGGAAAGAGAUGAACUUUACUGGAGUGUGUGAACUUCCUCCAGAGAUGGAGGGAGAGGCCAGACUUAUCUGAGAGAGAGAGAGUGAGGGAGAGAGAGAGAGAGAGAGUGAGGGAGAGAGAGAGAGAGAGAGUGAGGGAGAGAGAGAGAGAGAG